AUGGUCAAGGAAGUCGAAGGGACGUACAAGGUCGAAGGUCUCGACCUUUACACCAAGAGCUGGCUGCCUGACAGCGACCCUGUCGCAAAGCUCCUCAUUGUCCAUGGCUUCAGUGACCACAGUGGGAACUACCAUGAAAUGGCCGUCUGGCUUGCCGAGCGUGGCAUCGCCGUCCACUCCUUUGACCAGCGCGGAUGGGGUCGCAACGUCAAGCGCUCCGCUGACCGCGGGCUCUGCGGCGGCACCGACAAGGUGAUGGGCGAGAUCGCCGGCUUCAUCCGCUCGCACCUGCCCGCGGCGCCCAACUGCCCCGUCUUCGUCAUGGGCCACUCCAUGGGCGGCGGCAACGUGGCCUGGCUGUGCACCGACCCGGCCCUCGAGGAGGACGUCCUCAAGCAGGUGCGCGGCUUCAUGCUCAACGCGCCCUUCAUCGACUUCCCGCCCGAGACGAGGCCGGGCACCGUCAAGGUCGUGCUGGGCAGGCUGGCGGCCCGCCUGCUGCCGCACCAGCACCUCAAGCACAUCAUCCCGCUCGAGAUGAUGACGCACGACGCGCAGCGGGUCCAGCAGUUCCGGGACGACAAGCUCUGCCACGACACGGGCACGCUCGAGAGCAUGGCCGCCCUGCUCGACCGGCACCUCAUCCUGGCGCCGGGCAAGGUCCUCGUCCGGCCGGGCGUCCGCAGCCUGUGGCUCGGCCACGGCACCGAGGACGUCGGCGCCGACUACGGCGCCGCCAAGAGGUGGUUCGAGAUGCAGACCGCGGUGCAGGACAAGACGUUCAAGACGUACGAGGGGUGGUACCACGUGCUGCACUGCGAGGUCGGCAAGGAGGAGUUCUUUGCCGACGUGCGGGACUGGAUCCUGGCGCGGUGCGGGGAUGGUGCGGCCGCCGCCGCCCAGAGCGAGGCCGUGCGGAAGGAGGAAGAGGGCAAGCCGGUCGAGGUGGUGGAGAGUGCGGAGGCCAAGAAGGUCCUCGCGGAAGAGGCCAAGGAGGAGGCCGAUGCUGUCAAGGACGCCGAGGUCGUUGGCAAGGCCGACAGUGCUGCUUCCGGGUCGAAGCUGUAA